CUCGGUAACCUGUGUUAGAAUUUAACACGAGGCUGGCAGAGCGUAAUGGCGGCAGCAGUCAAGUGCGUUCAGCGAGCCCUUGGUACAAAACUUGUUCGUUGCACUGCAAGGCUUCAUCAAAGAUCAAAUCUAGCAUGUUUUUGCACUACGGCAGAUGUCAAGGGAAGCAAAUAUUUAAGUGGCUUUGAUAAAAUACAAGAGCUGCAAAAUGCAAAUCAAAUGGUUCAAAGAAUUUUCAGUUUGGAGAUGGCAAACGAGCGUGACAAACGUAGAGUGAAAAAGGACGAAAUAUUCGACACUUUCUCUGAGAAUAUCGAGAGACAAAUUGCUGAGUACACGAUGAGAAUAAAGCUGUUGUUAGAACACUGUCAAGCCAAUAAGCAGGACAAAGAAAAUAAAGUCUUCUUUAUAUGGCUUAUUGACCAAAGAAAAAAGUUGCUGAAAAGACUGAGGAGAGACGACUUUGAAAAAUAUUUGCAAACUGUAGAACAGUUGAACAUUCCUCCACUUGCUGAUCCUAACGACCCAAAGAACAAGUACAAAUUUAGAAAGUACAAGAUAAAUGUUCCGCUCAAGAAGAAAAGAGAACUGCAUGAAUUCGAAUAUGAUAGGAAUUACUAGCGAAGUCUUUUUACCUGUGUGAAUGAUCGAUUUCAGGUCGUUUGUUCAGCGGGCGGCUAAUCAAAGUAUACAUUCAAGCUUUUUUGCAGAAUUCAGUGAAGUAGUUAUAACUUAUGUUGGCAAAGAAAUGUAGCUUUUUUCCUAACACUCUACUAAAUCGUAUGCCAAACGAAUUGCAAUUGCCUGAUUUUUAGAAUGAUUGACACCGAUAGAUUCCCCUAUCACAUGUCUUUAUGUUUAUAAACAUCAAGAUUUGCGCUUA